AAGGGUGGACGCCCGUUGAUGACAAGAGUCGUCUCCUUUCCAUUUAAAAAGUAGUAUUGUGCUCAGGCCUGCAUCUUCAGCUUCAAUUGUUUAAGCUGUCGAGGCUGUGGUAAACUAAAUUAUGGAGUAUUUAAGAUUAGUUUAAAAUUGUAAGCAUCUGCUAGUCCUCGGAGAGUGGAUCUAACAUGCACUUAUGGCCAAAACCUUGAAAAACUUAAAUCAGAUAAUUAUAUAUUAUGAGUUAAUUAUGCCUGUGGUCUGUGGAUUAAUCAUCCAUCUCAAGAUUUUCCUUUUCUUUUGCUAUCCUUCUCUCUUCUCUUCUUUCCUUUUCUCUCACAAUUCCAAGAAAGAAUCAUGGUUGGUUUAUCUGAUAUUCCAUGUGUGGGGAAACUUGUGGACAGAAUAUCUGAUGCUGCAGUUGACGCCUUCUUCCGUGGAUUCCGUUACAUGUUCUGUUACAAGGAUCUUGUUAAGACUCUCGAUUCCCAAGUCGAAAAAGCUUACACUGAGGAGGAAAGGGUGUCCACAAAAGUUGCUGCAGAAAGAGCUAAUGGUAAACUUAUCAAGCCUCAUGUAGAUAAGUGGCAGAAAGAGGCUGAAGAAAUCAUGGAGAGCGCCGAAAAGUUUGCAGAAAUACACAAAACCAGACAUUCAUGGAGGUGCAUUCAGUGUCUACCAAUUCCCAACCCCGUCUCUCUUUUUCGACUUGGCAGAGCAGUGGUGCAGAAGACAGAGAGGCUAACUGAGCUCAUUAAUUCCGGAAAGGAGCUCCUGGAUAAUGAAAUCGCACAUCUUGCGCCAGCUGAAAAUUUACCCAAAAGUAAUACCGAGUACCAGGAAUUUCAAUCCAGAAAAGAUGUUUAUGCGGAGCUAUGGCGUACGUUAAUCACGGAUAGCUCUCCAAUCCUUGGUAUAUGUGGAAUGCCAGGAGUGGGGAAAACUCGGAUGAUGGAACAACUAUGGAAAGAAGCUCAGGAGAAGAAGAUCUUUAACAAGGUCACACGAGGGAACGUGGGUAAUGAAAACCUGGAUGUGAUACACUUACAGAAACAGAUUGCUGAGCAUCUUGAUUGCAAAUUUGAAUCGGAAGAUAAUGCGGAAAGCAGAGCUUCUCAGCUGAAACAAAGUUUAUUGAAUGCCGGCAAGACCCUCGUCAUACUAGACGAUGUAUGGAGGGAAAUUCCUCUAGAUGUUAUUGGAAUUCCAUCUGGUGAUGGAAACAGUCCUGUGGUUUCCAAGAUUCUGAUGACAUCUCGAGAGGAAAAUGUAUGCUUGCGUAACAAUUGCAAUACUCUUGUUAAAAUUACACCCCUGCGAAAUGAUGAGGCGUGGGAGCAAUUUAAGAAUUUUGUCGGUACUGCUCAAAUUGAUUAUAUGCAGGAUGAGUCUCUUGCAAAGAAAGUGUGUGAUAAAUGUGGGGGUUUACCACUCCUAAUUCAUGCGAUCAGUAAAGCGCUGCAGUUCGAAACUCACAAUUCAUGGGUGGAUGCACUUGAACAACUCCAGAAGGGUGAAUUCGUAAACAUACCUGGAGUAGAACCACAAGUAUAUGCUUGUGUAGAAUUGGGUAUCAGUAAAUUACACGGCGAUGCCAAGUCAUGUCUGUUUUUGUGUUGCUUGUUUCCGGAAGAUGCUGACAUCCCUAUCAGGGAGCUGAUCCAGUUGGCAACAGGGUCACAGCUUGUAUGUGGGAACUCUAGGGUACUAUCAAUGAUUGAUACUCUGAGAUUAUCUUCUUUGUUGCUUGACUGUGAAAAAGAUGAUAGAAUCAAACUGCAUGACCUCAUCAGAGAUGUUGGGAGAUCUAUAGCUUUCAGAGAUUCAAAAUUUGCAUUUUCACAGGUAACAUGUGACGUGCGGCUGCUUGAUGAUGCUGAUUUUGUCACUACCAAAUUUUUACGGCUAGAUCUGGAUGGCGAUAAUAUUCAUAUCCCUGAUGAUCUUGUAUGCCCAAAUCUGCAAAGCUUGUGGAUACAAUUCAACAAUGAUAUACAACAAUUCUCAAGCGGCUUCUUCGGUAUGUCUGCGAAUCUGAGAUUUUUAUAUCUUGUGGGUACCUAUUCUCCUUCGAAGCUGCAGUUCUCUCUUCGACCCUUAGGUAAACUGAGGACGUUAAUUUUGAAAGGUUGUAACCUGAGUCACAUUAACAAUACAUGUGUUGGUUUUUUUCCUGAAAACCUAGAAACUCUCUGCAUUUGGAAAGGCGAUUUCCCAGAACCUCUGGAUUUAUCAAAUCUGAAAUACCUUCGAAAGCUAGAAAUCAAGGGGUCGAAAGUGAAAAUGAAGCCAAAUACCAUAUCCAGUCUAUCUAGACUGGAAGAAUUGCAUAUACCCGAUGGAUUGGAGAUUUGGUGUUCUGAAAGUUCUGAUGUUCAGAAACCCAUUUUGGUCGAGAUCAAUCAACUGACCCGUUUGAAAAGUUUGCAGAUAAAAUUUAAAAUAUCUGAGCCUUUUCAAGUUACAAACAUAUUUGAUAAUCUAAAAUUAUUUAAUAUACGUGUGGGUGGGUGGGGGUCAUGUGUUGGAAAAACAGAUCUGUCUUACAAGACGUCGAUUGUAUUGCAAGGCUGUCAUGAAGAAAGCUUGAAAAGUCUGAUAGACAAGGCUGAAUAUGUGAAUCUGCAGUGCAGCAAUAUUACUGUGAGUAGUAUCUUCGAGAGCAACCGGGAAGCAUUCACAGAAUUGAGAAAUCUGCAAAUUGAAGAAUGUAACAAAAUGGAUCAUCUGGCAAGGAUGCCACACAAUGAUAUUCAGCAUAGCCAGCAGACAUCUUUUUCUAAACUAACCUAUUUAGAAAUUAUAGAAUGCUCCGGUUUAAGAUACCUCUUCUGCAACUCUGUUGCAAAACGUCUCACCCAGCUGCAAAAGUUGAUAAUAAGAGAUUGCCCUGUGAUGGAAGCAAUAGUAAUACAUGAUGGCUCAAGCAAUGGAGAUAUCAUACACUUCUCCAAUUUAGAAGAAUUGGAGCUAAGCAAUGUGCCCAGACUCACAGGCUUCUGCAGGGAAAAUAAAGACGCCAUGAUGCAACCAUCUGUUCAGUUUCAACCUCUGUUCCAUAGAAUGGUUGAAUUCCCAAACUUAGUAGAACUUGUAAUUAGCCACUGCGAGGAAAUUAACCUGGAAUCGAUAGAGUUCAGCAGUCAACUAAAGAGGUUGAGAAUAAGUUGUGAUGAGGAGAUACAACUUCCGUCUACAUGGCAACCUCGAUUACAUAAUCUGGAAACACUCUUUUUGAGUAGGUGUUGGUCGCAUGAGCUCAUAUCUUCAAGGUUCCACAGACUAAAGAUGCUUAAAGUUUUCGGAUACUCCGGAGGCUCUGCUCUUUUCACUUUCUCAGGCUUUAGAAGUCUACAACAACUCCAAGAACUAGUAAUUUCAGAUUGUGCUUUCUUGCAAGAAAUUGUGGAGGAUUUUGAAAUGUCUGGGAUGAAUAGCAAGAUUAUCACGCUCUCUCACCUGGAGAUAGUUGUUCUAAAGGAUUUACCCAAGCUGAAAAGUAUUAUUCAUGGAGCAAAUUAUGGGUGUCGUGUCCCAUCUUUAACGUAUGUGGAAGUUGAGGAUUGUGGACUCUCUAAUCUUUUUUCAUUCUCAGAGUUGACAAGUCUCGAAACUUUGAAGAUAUCAAGGUGUGCUCAUUUGGAAGAAAUUGUGGAGGAUAUUAGGAUCGAUGAGGUUUCGGGCAUGAACAAGAAGACUAUUACACUCUCUCAACUGAAACAAGUUAUUCUUGAAGAUCUACCAAAGCUCAAGAGUUUUAUCUACAGUGCAAAUCAUGAGUGCCUACUUCUGCCAAAUUUAUCCAUGGUUACAGUGAGUGAUUGUGGGCUCUCUUCUCUUUUCACGUGCUCAACAACCUUUGGAAGUCUACAAAGGCUUGAAAACUUACUAGUACGGGAUUGCAGAAUGUUGGAAGGCAUCUUUGAAUAUGCAAGGGGAGAUGAAACUUCUGGUACGAGUGAAGAGAUUAUUAUCUCCCUCCCAAAACUAUGGUUACUUGAACUCAGAAAUUUGCCAGACCUCAAAAGUUUCAUCCACGGUGCAAAUUACGACUUCUAUAUGCCAGCUUUGUGGGAAAUAAAAGUUGAUAACUGCGGAUUCUCUACUCUCUUCACGUGUUCUGUUUUCAGAGAUCUCCAAAAUCUCUUUCGUUUGGAAGUAUCAAAUUGCAAAUUGUUAGAAGUGGUUGUGGAAGAUGCAAGGGGUGAUGAAACUUCCGGCACAAAUGACAAGACUAUCACUAUUCCUCAACUCGAGAAUAUUGAACUUGAACAUCUGCCAAACCUCAAAAGUUUUAGUGGUGAUGAAAGCAUGGCUUUCAAUAUGCUCCAAUUAAAGAAUUUUAGUCUGGUUGGGUGUCCUGGGGUAGAGAAUUUCACUUGCUUCAAUACACAUACAGGAAAUGGAUAUGUAAGGAUCGACGGGGAUGAAUGGAUAGAAGUUCCGGAUCUGAAUGACUACAUAAAGAGCCUAUUUAAAAACGAAGACGUCGCAGUGCCGGAGAAUCAGAGAGACUCAAAGAUGAAAAGUCUCGGGGAGCCAUAAUAGGUCCUUUUGUUCAAUAUUCACUUCUUAAAGAUAACGAGCAUAAUAACUCGUGCUAGUUCGAAACGUUUUACGAUUUGAAAAUGACAGAUUGUUGUUUAAUCAAAAAAAUUUCAAAAUUCGGUUAGAUAAUAAGCUUUUUGAAUGAAAGAAACUCCUCGGAGUAGCGGCGUUUUCUCGAUACGAGCAAGUGCAUUUCUGUCAAAAAAAAAAAAAAAAAAAUUUCAAAAUUCGUCUGGGAGCUAUAUGUGAAGAUCCCGUCAUUAUUUUCCUGUUCUGUCAUCUUAAAAUCCUAUGAUUGGUUAUGUUACAGUAAAUAUGCAAAAAUAUUCAGCAAUUAUGUACAUGAAUAAAACUUUAGUCCCUCAACUUAUACAUGAAUUUUUUGGUAUAUUUUAAGAUGUCUUCUUUUCUUUCU